AUGCCGACCGUGGUGGUCAUGGACGUGUCGCUGUCCAUGACGCGGCCCGUGUCCGUGGAGGGCUCGGAGGAGUACCAGAGGAAGCACCUGGCCAUCCACGGCCUCACCAUGCUCUUUGAGCACAUGGCCACCAAUUACAAGCUGGAGUUCACCGCGCUCAUCGUCUUCUCCUCCCUCUGGGAGCUCAUGGUCCCUUUCACGAGGGACUACAACACCCUUCAGGAAGCGUUGAGCAACAUGGACGACUACGAUAAAACCUGCUUGGAGUCGGCCCUGCUGGGCGUCUGCAGCGUCGUCCAGCAAGAGUGGGGAGGCGCGAUCCCGUGCCAGGUGGUUCUGGUAACGGAUGGGUGUCUCGGGAUCGGGAGGGGCUCCCUCCGCCACUCGCUGGCCGCUCACAAUCCGCGGAGCGACAGCAGCAGAUUCCCGCUGCCUUUCCCCUUCCCCUCCAAGCUGUACAUCAUGUGCAUGGCCAAUCUGGAAGAGCUGCAGAGCUCGGAUUCGUUAGAUUGCCUGGAGCAGCUCGUCGACCUGAACAACGGCGAAGGGCAGAUUUUCACCAUCGACGGCCCCCUGUGCCUGAAGAACGUCCAGUCCAUGUUCGGGAAGCUGAUCGACGUGGCGUACACGCCCUUCCACGCGGUCCUCAAGUGCGGCCACUUAACGUCGGACGUGCAGGCCUUCCCCAGGCCGGAACCCUUCGUCAUAGACGAGGAAAUCGACCCCAUCCCGAAGGUCAUCAACACAGAUCUGGAAAUAGUUGGCUUCAUCGACAUAGCGGACAUCUCGAGCCCGCCCGUCCUGUCCAGGCACUUGGUUCUGCCCAUAGCAGUUAACAAAGAAGGCGAUGAGGUGGGGACCAGUUUGACCGAUGACGUCGAAGAUGAAAAUUCGGCCAAUCAGAUUGCGGGCAAGAUACCCAACUUCUGCGUCCUGCUGCACGGCAGCCUCAAAGUGGAAGGGAUGGUGGCCAUCGUUCAGUUGGGGCCCGAGUGGCACGGGAUGCUGUACUCGCAGGCGGACAGCAAGAAGAAAUCCAACCUCAUGAUGUCUCUGUUCGAGCCCGGCCCGGGGCCUCUGCCGUGGCUGGGGAAGAUGGCCCAGCUGGGGCCCAUCUCAGACGCCAAAGAAAACCCCUACGGUGAGGACGACAACAAGAGUCCCUUUCCCCUGCAGCCCAAGAACAAGCGCAGCUAUGCCCAGAACGUGACCGUGUGGAUCAGGCCCAGCGGCCUGCAGACCGACGUCCAGAAGAUUUUGAGAAAUGCGAGAAAGCUUCCGGAAAAAACCCAGACGUUCUAUAAGGAGCUGAACCGCUUACGCAAGGCGGCCCUGGCCCUGGGCUUCCUGGACCUGCUGAAGGGCGUGGCGGACAUGCUGGAGCGCGAGUGCACCCUCCUGCCCGACACGGCCCACCCCGACGCCGCCUUCCAGCUGACCCACGCCGCCCAGCAGCUCAAGCUGACCGCCGGCCCCGCGGACCCCGCCGCCUACGACCACAACAUCGCCCCGCUGCAGACCGACUUCUCCGGCAGCAGCUCCGACCGCAUGUAGCAUCACCCCGCGCUCCGGAGGAGCUUCGGACACUUCCGUUGGCGGGCUCCCUCGGGCCAGAGCCCGCCCUCCCCUCUUGGGGAGAACAAGGGCCCCGCUCCGGAUGAACAAUCCUCCAUCUGAACGACUGUCGGGCGGGCGGCCCGGGAUUCCUCCGGCGGAUCCCGUUUUAACAGAGCAAUAAAAUGCCCGGUUUUACAUAGCAAGUCCCCGAGUGGCUAGCGGGCUACCUCUGGCUUAUCCUUUUCCCCAGAGGAGGAAAGGGACAGGCAGACGGGUGGAUGUUUGGGACUCAGUGCCGAUCGACGAAGUACAUCGGUUGCGUUUGCUGCGGACUGUACCCACCGCUUGGGAGAGGACAAUGAGAAGGGGUAGAAACGAUCCCUGCCCUCUUGGAGCAUGUGAUCCAGUGAGGUAGUGGGCUGGAGAAGGAUUAGAGCCAGGGAUGGGGUCUAUAAUUCCCGAAGAUGCCCCACUACCAGGGGCUGUGGGGGACCCUGGUGAUCGGGCCCCCCAGAGAAGGCGGGGAGGGGAAGGAGGGUCCCCUUUGAGCUCUUGAGGUCGAACGAGAAAAAGGGCCGAGAACUCGAUUGUAAAUAUUUUUAAUAGAAAUAUGCUCUGUUGCCUUGU